UUGCGACCCUGUAGCAGCUUGCUGUGCUGUCAUGUGGCGUGCUGUCCCGGGCUGCCUACGGGGUAUUGUGCAGUGGCGGGUGGCGCUCUGGUCCCACAGCUUUGUCCGGACAAGGGGUAGCUGUGGGGAGGCGAUGACUGAGGCAUUCUCUGCGCAAGGCGAGGCAGCGGGCGGGCUGAAGGUUUUGGUUCAGCAAAAUGGAGAUGCUGCUAGCGACACGAGUGGAGAGCCGCUCCUAGAGCGUCUGGAGCCGGCGACGGUAGGGAAACAGAUCCCGGAGAGCGGGGAACCGGCCCAGGGAGGCGAAGAGCAGCUCCCGGGGAAUGGAGAGCAGGCCCCAGCUCCAUCCGCCGACUCAGGCAAAAGGAAAAAACGACGGGGCGCCACUGGUGAACGGGUUGUGCCGCCCCCGAAGAAACGGCGGACUGGGGUGAGCUUUAGCGAUGAGCAUUUUGCAGAGACCACCUACUACUUCGAGGGCGGCCUGCGCAAAGUGCGGCCCUAUUACUUUGACUUCCAGACCUACUGUAAAGGUCGCUGGGUGGGCCGCAGCUUGUUGCACGUCUUCAGCACCGAGUUCCGAUCCCAACCGCUGGCUUACUACGAGGCCGCUGUCCGGGCAGGACGUCUGCAUCUCAACGAGGAACCAGUCCAGGACCUCAGCAUCGUGCUAAAGGACAAUGAUUUCUUGCGGAACACAGUGCACAGACAUGAGCCACCAGUCACAGCAGAGCCUAUUCGCCUGCUAGCUGAGAACAAUGAUGUGGUUGUUAUAGACAAGCCAUCCUCCAUUCCUGUGCACCCCUGUGGCCGCUUCCGACACAACACGGUCAUCUUCAUCCUGGGCAAGGAGCACCAACUGAAGGAGCUACACCCAUUGCAUCGGCUCGAUCGCCUUACCUCAGGAGUGCUCAUGUUUGCCAAGACAGCUGCAGUCUCUGAGAAGAUCCAUGAGCAGGUUCGGGAUCGGCAGCUGGAGAAGGAGUAUGUAUGCCGGGUUGCAGGGGAGUUCCCUGACAAGGAGGUAAUUUGUAAGGAACCCAUCUUAGUGGUGUCUUACAAGGUAGGAGUGUGCCGUGUGGAUCCCCGGGGCAAGCCAUGUGAGACUGUGUUCCAGAGGCUGAGCUACAACGGCCGCUCUAGUGUGGUACAGUGCCGACCACUUACAGGUCGCACUCACCAAAUUCGAGUCCACCUCCAGUUCCUGGGCCACCCCAUUCUCAAUGACCCCAUCUACAAUUCAACUGCCUGGGGUCCUUCUCGAGGCCAGGGAGGCCACAUUCCAAAGACAGAUGAGGAAUUGCUCCGAGACCUGGUUGCAGAACAUCAGGCCAAGGAAAGCCUGAGUAUGGUAGAUCUCUGUGAUGGUGACCUGGCCCCAGGGCUCAUAGACUCGACAGCUCCCUCUUCAGAGUUGGCCAAAGACAGCCUGGAAGGGUUGGCUACAGCAGCCCAGAAGAUAGAUGGGGUAGCUGAGGCAGCCUCUCAGCAUCUGGACACACCAGAGAAAGCAGCUAAAGCACAUGUGAAUCAAGAAACAGACCCGCUCUGUGCUGAGUGCCGGGUGUUGCGACAGGAUCCCUUGCCCCAGGACCUUGUAAUGUUCCUGCAUGCCCUCCGCUAUAAAGGGCCAGAUUUUGAGUAUGUCUCACCCAUCCCAGCCUGGGCACAGGAUGACUGGCAAGAAGACUGAGGGUUGUGGCCAUUGGAAGAAUGACUUCUUGGGUUGGGACAAGGAUGGGCCUUGAGGCAGGGACUGCUCCCAUUGGUUGAUACUCAGGGUUUGCGAGGUUUCAGUCAGGAACCUGCUUGCACUUGCUACCUCCUUCCAUCCUUCUGGCUUGUUUGGGGCUUUCAGAUCUGUACAUAUAUUUUUUUUUUUUUUAACACCUUGUAUGUCCAUUUUUACUGGUUUCUUACAAUUUCUCCCUUCUUUCCCCAGUGCUUAGGAUAGAAUCUAGGUCCAUUAGAAGGCAAGUGCUCUACAGCUGAACUCUAAGCCCCUUAGGAUUUCUAAGUGUCUCUAGCUCAGGCCGAUCUUGAACCCUGAAUCUCCUACUCUGCCUCCAGUGCGGGAAUACAGGUGUGAAGUACCAUGCCUUGCUUUUUUUUGAAAUUGAGAAAAAAAAAUCACAUAGCAUAAAAUUAACCCCUUUAAGAUAAACACCAUUGGCAUUUACUAUGUUCACAACCUUAUCUCAAGAUUUCAAAACACAUUUCUCAUCCCUAAAGGGAACCUGUACCUGUUAAGCACAUUCUUCCCUUUUUAUCUCUCUCAACUCCUGGUAAACAGUUUAUUCUUUAUUCCACAGGAAUGGACUCAGACAAUUUGUGUCUUUUUCUUUUUUCUUUUCUUUUUUGUUGUUAUAUGUUUGUUUUCUGAGACAUGGUUUCUCAGUGUAGCCCUGGCUGUCUUGGAUUUUGAUCUGUAGACCAGGCUGAUCUUGAACAGAGAUCCACCUGCCUCUGCCUCCUGAGUGCUGGGAUUCAAGGGGUGUACCAGCACCACCCAGCCACCCAAUACUGAUUCUUUUCUGUUUGUUCUACUGAUCGUAUCUCACCUAGUCCAUGUGAAGUAAUCUCUCAUAGUGGAAUAUACUCUUUUUAUUGUGUUGUUUAUUAUUUAUUCUGGACACGAGAUCUUCCUCAACAACAAAAGAAUUAACAGCCCAAUUUUAAAAUGUCCAAAAGGAUUCUGGUUCACACACACACACACACACACACACACACGUACACACACGUACACACGCGUCAAAGCUGGAGUGUAAUUCCAUGGUCUGGUUAAGAACACUCUUUGCUCUUUGAGUGGCUCACAACCACCGACACUCCAGCAUCAGGGGAUUCUUCCCCUCUUCUGGCCUCUGCCAGGGUUACAUAGACUCAUGUCUCAAAGUAAAAUAACAACAAAGACAGAAGCAGUGCAGCUUAACAAAACACAUGUUUGAGAAUGGCAUAUUCCCUGGAGUCAGGACUAUUACCACCUGGCACUUACACUGUUCUAAAGCCCUGCCUUCCACAGGUAAGCAUUGUCCAUUAUCAUGGCUGUCACUCCAAAUUAGCUCUUCUCUCAUGUGAAGCAUGUUCUUAUUUUCAAAACCACAUUUUAUCAGCCAUUAGCCACAUCAAAAUAAUUGGAUAAUCUCUCUCUCUCUCUCUCUCUCUCUCUCUCUCUCUCUCUCUCUCUCUCUCUCUCUGUGUGUGUGUGUGUGUGUGCACGCGCAUUCACAUGUGUGUUCUGUGUCAAAAGGAUAGACACAAAGCCAUUUUUUGCUAGUCUUGAAUCUGGGGUAACUCUUCUCCUCCAUCCUCUCUCUCUCUCUCUCUCUCUCCCUCUCUCUCUCUCUUUCUUCUCUUCUCUUUGUUUUUCUCGAGAGGAUCUUGCUACACAGCGAGGAUAGCCUCAGAAUUACUGGGUAUCCCAGUUGGCCUCCCACUCAGUUUCUACUUUCUUAGCUUUCCAAUUGCUUCAGUUAUAUACAACCAUGUACAAGCUUGGCUUGAAGUUUUGUUUUAUUUUUUUUCAAAAUCCCAAAUGGCAGAAUUAAAUACAUGUACCACCA